CUACCCAUUCCAUCCACCAUCCACCGUCCCGUCAUCACGCUUAUACAUGGGCUGCGCCGCCUACAAGAUCGGUCGUUGCUUAUCUUUGCGCCAUACUUGAGCGAGUAUGCCAAAAAAGCACCCGAACCGCCGAAAUGCCCCGGCGUCGUCGCCGUCGGCCGCCGCCGCGGGCGACUCGCGAUUCGCUAAUUUCGAGUCCGACCCGCGCUUCCGCCUCCCCUCCAAGCGCAGUCAUAAGACCACCAUCGACAAGCGCUUCUCUCACAUGCUAGAGGACGACGAGUUCAUCGCGAGCGCCAAAGUCGACAGGUACGGCAGAAAGCUGAAGUCGGACAGCAAGAAGAAGGCGUUGCAGAAGAUCUAUCAGGUGGAAGGAGAAGCGGCGGCGGCCGAACAAGACUCUGAAGAGGGAGAGGAGACCGGGGCAGACGAGGAGGAUGUCGUCCGGCGGGAGCUUCGGAGAGCCGACGCCAAGUAUGACCCGGCUCGUGGCGGAGGCUUUUCCUCUUCCGAGUCGGAUUCGGAUCCGGAUCAGGAGGAUGGGGAAGACGACGAGGUAGGAGACACAGAGAUAGAUCCGUCCGGUAACCUGCGGAGAGGACCCGAAGUCGAGACAGAAAUCGAAACCGGGGAGGUCACGAAGCGGAUAGCCAUAGUGAACCUCGACUGGGACCACAUAAAAUCCGUCGAUCUCAUGGCGCUCUUCUCCAGCUUCGUACCCAAGAGCGGGAGGAUCGAGCGGAUCUCCAUCUACCCUAGCGAAUUCGGCAAGGCGAGGAUCCAACGCGAAGAUCUGGAAGGCCCCCCCCGAGAAUUAUUCAAGAAGGCCUCCAACUCGCGAGACGGACGGUCCAAGCUGGAUUCCGAAGACGAUAGCGGAGACGACGACGAGGACGACGAAGAUGACGAGCAGAUAAAGAAGAGAAUCCUCGAAGAAGGCGACGGCCAAGAUUUCGAUAGCGACGCGCUCCGGGCGUAUCAGCUGGACCGGUUGCGUUACUAUUACGCUGUGAUGGUGUGCUCUGACACCGACACUGCCGAGAAAAUCUACCGCGCCACCGACGGCACGGAGUACCAGUCUUCGUCGAAUUUUAUGGACCUGCGGUUCGUACCCGACGACGUCACAUUCGAUGACGAACCGAGGGACGAGUGCGACGUCCUGGCAUCGGAUUACAAACCCACCGAAUUUACUACCGACGCCUUGCAACAUUCCAAGGUCAGGCUUACGUGGGAUAUGCAUCCCGAAGAGGUGGCGCGAAAAGAAAGCAUGAAGCGAGCAUUCGAUACUGGCCGCUCGGGCUUCGAGGAGAAUGACCUUCGAGCGUAUUUGGCCAGCGACAGCGACGGUGACAGUGCUCGAGAGGACGACGAGGCAGAGGGAGACGAGGUCGAGGUGGCAGAUGACCAGCCAAAACUAACCCGGAAGGAGUUGAAAGCGAAGAAGCUCCGCGAUGCUCUCGGACUGGGCCCAGAGCCGUUGGCUCGUGCCUCAAAAUCUGGACCGGUCGGGGACAUGCAGAUCACAUUCUCGGCUGCGCUGAUGGAUGGCAACGACAAAAAGACGAAAGAACCGGACGUAGGAGAGACUACGAUAGAAAAGUACAAGCGUAAAGAACGCGAGAGGAAGACUCGCAAGAAGGAGAAGUCACUGGCGAAGCGGAACGGGGAUCGGGAAGCGGAUGACGAGCCCGCGGAGCCGCAAGGAGAUCUCGGCUUCGACGAUCCCUUCUUCACUGCUGCUGCUGACGAGCCUGUGCAGAAGUCGAAGACUUCGGAAAGGAAGGAAGAACGCCUGAAGAGGCGAGAAGCGAGAGAUGCCCAGGCAGCCGAGAACGCGGCGCAGAGAGCUCAGCUAGAACGGCUCUUGGUCGACGAUUCCAAAGGGGCCGCCGAACAUUUGGACCAUUUUGAUAUGAACGAGAUUGCUCGGGCCGAGAAGCAGAAGAUCAAGAAGCACAAGAAGAAAGGCAAGAAAGGGGCCGAAGAACCCGGCGGUUUACAGCACGGGUUCACGAUGGACGUCAAUGACGAUCGAUUCAAGGCCGUCUUCGACAGCCACGAGUUCGCCAUCGACCCCUCGAACCCGCGGUACGAAGCCACCCCGGGCAUGAAGCAGCUCCUCGAGGAGAAGCGCAAGAAGCGGAAAAACGACCCAGACAUGCUCGAUGUAACCCAUCGACAGAGCAAAGCGCCCAAGAAACAGAGGAGAUAGAUGUGUAGAUGGGUGCUACUAAGCUACAGGCUGGUCGUUACAUUCCUUUCUUGAGGAUGCCUGGCUUCGCUCCGAAUCGCGAUAUCCAGACUGGCACUGUGAUUGAACAACCUGGAGUU